AUGUUUCCUGAAAUUAAACCUGCUAUGGUGGAUGGCGUGUCUGAGCUACCUUCCGACCAACAGUUCGCCAGGCAGAGAAGACAGCGAACCUCGGGAGCCUCAGAUGUCAUAUUCGUGGGCGUCCCUGAAAGCAGGGAACGGAGUUUGAGCCUGUGGUCGAAGCUCAAAAGCCAUCUGCCGGCCCACCUUCGGGCAGAUCCCAACGCAGCGGCGGAACUAAUGUACCAGCAGAUGCACAGAAUGAGCAUGAAGGCCGACGCUAAGGUGAAACAUCGCCAGCCGGAAGAGUUCGGCUUUUCGGAGAUGUCCCAGUCUACAAGAUCUUCGCAAAUCUCCAUCUCCACCGUGUCCGAGAGGCCAGCGUUCUCCACGAAAACGUACAGCAUCUUCAGUGCAGACGAGGACGUGAUCGUCGACCCUAGAUGUCUGAUUGAAGACGACCUGUGGGAGGACGCUUACUUGAAACACACCAAGGAGCAAGCACUGUCGCUCAUUGACAGAUCUCGGGAUGUAGGUGAUGCCCGCAGGAUAACGGCCAUCAUUAAGUAUAAAGAGAAAAUCAUUUACAUGAUGAAACCAGUGAACAUUGCGAAUACACCCGACUCAGCGCUCAAAGUUCAGUGGAGGAUAUCGCGCUACUUAUUAGCUCCUAGCUUCUUCAUGGUGUUCUCUAUGUUAAACAGGUAUGGCCCCGUGGUAGCUCUAAUCAAGCGAACGCCCAACUCGGCGCUGUGUGUCUACGAGACCGUCGACCUGGCUGCUCGAGUCUUGCACAUGCACGCCCUAAAUCAGUCCAACAAGGUGCUUAUUCUCUCCUGGUGGCAUCACAAAUCUUUAAGUUUAACCAAUGAGACUUCCACGAACACGGAUGAGGCCUCACGCUGGCUGACAGGUGUGUGUGAAGGUAUGUUGAAGAUGGACGAGCCGAUUUUGGGCGGCCUACAAAACCCAA